UUUUAAGUUAGAGAGAGAGAGAGAGAGAGAGACAGUAGAAACCCUUGAGUUCCAAAAAUGUCAGAGAGAAACUGAACACAAAAGCAUACGAAGAUACUGGGAAACUCCCUCCCCCCUUUCUCUGUCUUUCGUUGUUCAUCGUCAUCUUCCCCAACGGCCAUUCUUCUCCAUGAAUCCACACAAAACCGAAGAGGGUCUCUUCCAUCACCACCAUGAUCUGGGCCCACCUCACCAGAUGAUCCAAACGCAAUCACAGCCGUCCAUUUCCCCACACGAUGACGCACCGGACCCCUCCUUCUCCCUCCCCGAAAUCGUCCUCUUCCGCUCCUCGUCCUCCGCGGACUCGCCCAGUCGUUCCUCUUCCGAAAACGACGACGCCGCGACUACUCACCCCGCUCCUUCCUGCACCGCGACAACAACCGACCUAACAAACGCCACCCAUAAAAUUACCGAUCAGUCCCUGGGCUACAUUAGCCCCGACCCUCACAUUUCCUCUCAGUUCUACACCUUCAACGCCGAGUCCCAUUCCCUCAUGAUCCGCUGCAUCAGCGAACAGCGUCUAGCGACUCCAGCCGAGAUCCGAACCGCCACGCCUCGCUCCGUUCUGAAAUCGUGGCGCGCCGUGUGGAAGGACCGCAACGAGGACACCGCUUACCUCACCGCGUGGAAGCGAAUCCAAGACAAGCUCACCGCGCACGUGGACAACAGUUCGGGUAACGAAUUCCUUUGCUUUAAAAAUAAUGCUAAUCAAUUCGUUUCCCAUAUUAAUCAAUGGCAAGAUAUCGUCAUGAGUUUUCACGGCGACGCCGAUUUAAAGCACUUGGGGCUUAAAGAGACAAUAGAGAGAAUCAAGCAAGUGUGGACCGUCGGUGCCAAGUUCUAUGGAAUCCCCGAGAGUUACAUUAGGGUUUGUGUUGCGGCGUGCCCUGUAUGCAACGGGUCUUCGGGGUCUGCUUCAAGGAGUAAACGUCGUCGUUUUGAGUACACAGAGUCUUUUGAUGUGCCUGCGAAGGAGGUGCCUCAUAGGUUGCAGCAAUUGGCCGCAAAGCACAAAGUCGUGCUCUGUAUUAGGCAGAAAUAUAUUAGGUAUAAACCUUUUAUGGCUGAAGUGAAGGAUUAUGCUUGUCAUCGAGCAGGAGAGCCUGCAGCAAAGAAGUCUAGGAUUUUGAAGAGGGAACCUUAUGCAUCGAAGAGGUGUGGUUGUGGAUUUAGAAUUAGGGCAAUAGUGCCAAUUGCAAAUUAUAAUGAGAAGGAUAAGACAUUUGUAUACCAAGAGGAAGGGAUGGCAGUAUUUAAGUUAUAUGCGGUGCAUUCAGGGCAUGAGCCAGGGCCAUCGGAUGGGAAUGCGAGGAUUAUGCAUCGCGUUGUUGGGCACAAGGGAGGGUUUUUGAUGGAUCAGGAUAUGGUAUAUGGGGUAAGUGAGGAUUUGGAUAGCGAGGGGUUUGGGUUGAUGGGGAAGGACCAAGCAGAUUUGCAGCUUGCUAUUUUGCAGCAGGUGCAGGAGUUAAGAGCUGAAAUUGGGUUGUUAGAGGGGAGGAUUGGCAAGAUUCCUCGUCAGUUGUUGGGUUCAGUAUCUAGGGAGCUGUUUGAUAUUUUGAGUAAAGUUAGACGUUUAGGGGAAGAGGGUCCAAAGUCAAUGGGAUUGCUUUCUGACAAGCCUCAUUCAGAUGACAUGUUGGUUGGGGAGAAUGAUUUGGCACACUGGAGUGAUCACCACCAUGAUCGAAUAUAUGGGGAUGGCAAGGAUGCUGAAUUGAUUGAAGACGAUGAAGACAGUUUUGGAAGAACGCUUGGGGAUGUUGUUCCUUGGGACCAAAUGAGGACGGAUUGUAGGAGCCAGAAGGAUCUGAUAAGCGAGCCUUGUAAGACGGAUAAGUGGUUGAAAUGCAGUGAUUUUGAUGAGAAGAGCAUUCUUGACUGUGAAGAUACUAAACUAACCAAGCCCAUGAGACAUGAUGAUGGUAUAGUGACAGAUGUAGGUCUUGUUGGCAUUCAGGUUGAUAGUUUCUACCAAGAAAAUCCUAAGUGGUAUGAUUCUCCUUGUGGAUUAGAUUCCAGCACAGAUUGUGGUGAUAGUGGAUUUAGACAUGGGGAGAUUGUGUAGAAUUCUGAAGAGCCAGGUUAACCCACGCUAACAUAAUCUUGAAUUUAUAUUGCCCCCUUCAUCCCUUCUCACAGCUGGCACUGGAUUGUACAUUUAUGUAUACUGAAGAUUGGAACUUACAUGCUUUUAGGUGUCUUUGUUGUGUGUGGUUUCUGUAAAGUAUAGCCAAUUGGGCUCAUCUGCACAUACCUUAUUAUAACUAUUUGUUAACAUGUUGUGGACAUUCACGAUUUUUAGCUGGAUUCCUCUUACAAUGGACACCAGUGACUCUUUCAUCACCUUUCUUUUAGAUUCUUGUAUGUAUAAUGUAUUGUAUGUCCAAUCUUUCUGGUCUGGCCGUCGUUAUAACAUUUAUGUUCCGUUAUGUUCUCUUUCAUAUUCAUUUGUAUCUUCUCUUGUUUGAAAACUCAUUAGUACAUUACAAGGUUCA